AUGAUUGUCGAUAUACAAGGUAUUGUGGCAGCCGACCGAUCGUUUUUGGUCAAGGAACUGACUGUCAUUGCUAUAGACUGUACUUCAUUCGCUCAUUGGAUGUUUAAACAUCCAAAAAGUAUCGAGGGUGAUGCUAAAACAAACUUUUGGUUGAAAAAAUACCUACAUGGAAUGGAUACUCGUUGCGGUGACGUUGAAUACAAUGAGUUGCCGAGAAUCAUGAAACUGUUGCGGUGCGAGACCAUCUACGUGAAAGGAGCUGUGAAAAAGCGAGUAGUGGAAAAACACAUGUCAAAGAUUAUUGCGAUCACAUCAAAUCCUCUACAGAUGGACAAAUCUUCUAGUGUUGAUAUAACAUCAAUUAAUCAGAAAGUAUCAACUGUUUUUUGUAAAAUUUGUCAUUCUGGAGGAAGUUAUGAACAACUCAUGCAACCAUGUUUUUGUAAAGGAUCUGUUGGACACGUUCACUUAACGUGUCUAGAAAAAUGGUUAAAUGAAUGUGGGGAUGACAAAUGUGAGUUGUGCCUCUUUCGAUUUCAGGCUGAGAGACAACGACGAUAUUCUGCUUUAAGAUCAUUAGUAAUUUGGGUUCGACACCCUCCUCAUCGACAUAUACUGUACUCGGAUCUUUCAGUUAUGAUUAUACUGACAACUGUGGUCAUUUUUUUGAUAACGUGUUUAACGAUAGCAAUGCGCCAAUUCAAAACUUUAGAUCCCAGGUACCCAGAAAUUUGGGGUCGUGCAGUAGUGGCGUUAUUCAUAAUUAUUACACUAUUAGGUUAUGGAAUGUCAAUGUAUAUGAUAAUUCGUGAUAAUUUAAGACCAUGGUACAGAUGGUGGAGAAGUUGCAAUGUAAUUAGACUGAAUCGUAACCAACUGAUUCAACAAAAUAAUAGUGACAAUAAACGAAAUGAUGAAAUAGAAGCGCUUUCAUUGCACAAUGUAAUAAUAAAUAUAAAUAGUGUACGGGAUACCACAAUACAAUUAUAAAUACCAAUUAAAAGUUUCACUUUGGUUUGAGAGCUACCUAUCUAUAUGAUACUAAUUAAUUCAAUUGGGCGAUAUGUUUCA